AUGCGGUUCUUGUGUCUUCCUGGAUACCUCCAGAGCGGCAAAAUCCUAGCAGAAAAGUCGUCUGGCAUCAGGAAAGCAUUCACGAAAAAGUUGGGUUAUGAACUCGACUAUAUAGAUCCUCCCAUCGUAAUCGGUUCACCUUCAGAUUUGCCUUUUUCGUUAGGCGACGGUGCUGAGGCCGAGGAAAGAUGGCAGGGGCUUGUGGACAAGAAUGCCAAUCGCUGCUGGUGGCAGCAUGAUCUGUCUGGGCUGAAUCUGCGUCCAUACGUUGGGUUUGACGAAGCGCUUCGUUACGUCACUGAUUAUAUUCGGGACCAUGGGCCCUAUGAUGGCAUUUUUGGGUUUUCUCAGGGCGCCGCCAUGGCUGCUAUCAUUGCUAAUCGAGAAAAUCUGGUGAAAUUGGCGUUGUUGGUGCUGCCAUUCGUUUUUACCCAAGCUCGCAACGAAGACGAAGACAGAGUUACUCUCGAUUUUGACGUCUCCGAUGUUCAAGAAUACGCCAAAAGUGUCCGUAUUGUGCCCGGCUACGAGCAAUUGUACGAAAUAACCAAUGAAAGUUUGCAAAGUGUUGUCGUUUACGGCAGUGAAGACCUGGUGGUUCCUGCUAUAAGAUCAAAAUACCUUGCGAGUAUAUUUCAAAAUUCCACAGAAAUUGUACACGACGGAGGACACCUCGUUCCGAACAAGAAACCCAUAGUCAACCAGCUCGUUGAGUUCGUCAGCGGCCGCAACCACUUGUAA